CAUUUUCCACUCCUUUAUCCUAUUUAGAGGAGCUGGGGGUGAAUAACUUCAAUGGGCAUCCUUUUGUAUUUAUGGUAAUAAACCUUUCACUCUGGGCAAAGUUCCAUUGUCUGGCCGCAGGUUUAUAUAAAGACGAUGCUGUGGCAGGACACAAGCCCAGUUUGAGAACCGCUUUACCUUACUUGAUACCACCAGCGAUCAGCUUGAUCUGCAAUGAGUUGUCUGGAGGUUAUGUAUCACCAUCAGCCUUAUGGAGCGCACUCGUAUUUGCCAGCGACAUCAGCAGCAGCGGCGGCAGCAGCUUAUAAAGCAGCAUACUACCAUCAUCACCACCAGAGUCAGCAGAAGUUAGCAGUGUUCAGUAAGAUGCACGAGUCCCUGGGUCCCCCAGCAGCCACUAAAGAGGAGGAGGAGGAGGAGGCGACGAAGGAGCAGCCAGCAGAGACAGAGUACCUCAGCUCCAGAUGCAUCCUCUUCACUUACUUCCAGGGAGAUAUUGGUGAUGUGGUGGAUGAGCACUUCAGCAGAGCCCUCAGUCAGACGUGCAGCUUCAGCCUGGAACCCUCAGCCCUCAAAAGCCAGAAGACACCAAGCAGCUCCCUGUGGAAAGAAGGCGCCACGUUGUCCGGAAGUCAGUUCCCUGCUUCUCUCUGGAAUACUUCGUACCAGCCUCAGGCUCCUCCCUGCCUCAGUGGAGUUCACCCGGAGUUCCCUAGUGCAGCUGCUGGCACAUUCCAUUCUUCAGACCCUCCGAGCUGGGCCGGCCAUGCACUGCACCAGCCUGCCCUGCCCCCUGCCCCUGCCGUCUCAGACUCCUGGCAUUACCCGCUGGCAUCACAAGCUAGCCCUUCCUACACACACGUCCACGACGUAUACUCACACAUGCACACCCACUCCCAUCCACACCAUCACCCUCACCACUCACACAUCCUGCACCACCCCCAUUCCUCCCACCUGGACCACCGCUACAGCCCCCUGCUGGUCCCCACGGUGCGCACAGCCUGCAACCCCACCCCCCAGGGUGAUAUCCCAAAGACCGACCCCGCCUCCGUCACCACUGCCACCCAGUUGUGGGCCGGAGCUUUCCACAGCAGAGUCGAUGUCAGCUUCGACACAGGUUUGCAACACCAAGACAAAGGCAAAGGGUCUAUUUGGUUCUGAAGAGGAAGAGUGUUGUAGCACCUGAGAGACAGCCCUGUUUUGCACCACUAUUUUGAACUACAAUUGUCUGGAAAUCUUGCAGAAGUGAACGGGUGCAGGCAAGGUGACUGAGUCUUUUUCCUUAAACAGAGAUAAUGGAAUUUGAAUCUUUAAAGAAUGUUAUGUCCCGGAGACUGGCACAUGAAUUGGUUUGGAGAGCAUUGCUGUUCAACAGGGGAAUUCACAAGCCUGCCUAAGAUGCCUGGGCUUGCACCACCAAGAAAUUGGGAAAGCUAAUAAUUAAUAGUAAAUGACACUUUUUCAUUUCAAGCACAGUACUGUGAGAGACAAGCUCAUUUCAAGAGGAGUGUUCUUUUAUUUUGCGGGGGAUCCUGUUACUAUGGGUCGA